UGGGCCGGCAAACGCAGCCUAAGCAAAAUCACAACACCUAACGAGCUUGCAACUAACUAAUGAUAAACUCACUAAGCUGUCAAACACACAUAAAUGCCAACCAAAUGUCGAGUAUUUCUUCAACUUUAUAUACAUUGCAGAAGUCUCUCACUUUCUUUGUAAUCCUUUCGCUUCUCUCUGAUGGCCAACCCACUAGGAAAACCAGUGGCCAUUGGUGAAAGUUCAUCGCCGCUAGCAGAAACCGGCUAUUGCUUUGAAGAUUGUGAAGAACAGGCUGCCGCUUACUUUUCUUCUUCUUGUUGCUGCUGUUUUUAUCUGAAAAGAAACAGCAAUGGGUCUCGGAGAUAUCUGUUGGGGAGAAAACAGGAGGAGAUAGAUAACAAAGAAAGUUGGGUAGUGGAAAAAGCGAAGAAAGUCAAGGAGAUAUCAGAGGUAUUGGCAGGGCCUAAAUGGAAGAAUUUCAUUCGCAGGUGUAGUAGUGUGCAUGGGUAUGGAUUCUGCAGCAAGAAAACAUCAAAGAUGCAAUAUCAAUAUGAUCCUCAAAGUUAUGCACUUAAUUUUGAUGAUGGUAUUGAUAAGGAAUUAGAGGACUCAUUUCCUGGUUUUUCUGCUAGAUAUGCAACUCCGCUUGGGAGGACUUGAUCAUUCUGCUUUGAGAUCAACUUAAUUGCUAUUUUUUUCUUUCGUUGCUCUAAACCAUGUAUAUUCUUUUGCCUAAUUUUUUUUGUAAUCAUGUGUAUUUUCUUGAACAACCAAAAUGGUAAGAAUAAUGAGUUCUCAGGCAAUUUUGCUCAUUAUGUUCCUUCAAUUGUUUCCAUUUAGAUCCUCUUAAGCUGCAUUAACUAGCAGUGCUAGCUAUCUAGCAGAUGGCUCAAGACAAUUGUUCUUAAAUUAGUUAUUAGUAGUUGUAGAUUCAUGCUCUUAAUUCUUGAUCAUAAAGCUCCCAUAUGGCUUUCUUUGAUCUGUCACUUGGCAUUCUUUUUCGAAAGUCCAAUUUAAUUAUUUGGGCAAAUUCCACAUUCAUUCAAAUUUCGAAUAAAUUCAAGAAUUAUCCAGCACAGGGCAAUAAAAAAAUUUAAAGGUAAAGAAAAAUGAAAACUCCUAUAUAAGGAAUAAGGAGCUAUAAUCUUAUAUUAUGACAUUAAUGAUGACCCGUAUAAGAAAUCAAGCAUGCGAAGAUUAUUACACUGUACAACCCCAAAAAUAACCAACUCUCAGAAUUGCUAUUCUUUAUUCACAGAUAUAAACAAAAA